AUGGCAAGCAAUAAUCUUACCACCGAAGAAAUCGAACGAGCAUCCCAGCUUCUAAGUGCACAAGACAAAGCCGUUCUACUCUUCGAAGAGAUCGAGCGUGAUCUAGUCCGACAUGGCGUUACCGAAAAGAAAUUGAACGAGGAAAUCUACCAAUUGGGUCUCGACCGCUAUGGCAUCAAGACGCAUUGGCACAAGCGAGUCAUCCGCAGCGGACCAAACACUCUCAGCCCGUUCUCCGAGAACCCACCGGAUCGUGUUAUCCAGCCGGAUGACAUACUAGUGGUGGACUUGGGGCCUGUCUUUGAAGCUUGGGAGGCGGACUUUGGGCGUACCUUUGUCCUCGGAGAUGAUCCUCAUAAGAAGAAACUUCGCGAUGCGCUGGAACCGAUCUGGAACACGGUCAAGGCUCGGUAUCGCGAGAACCCGGAUAUGUCAGGAGAAGAGUUGUAUGACAUUUCUUGUGAGAUUGCUCAGCAGGAAGGCUGGGAUUUCGGUGCUGAUAUUGCCGGCCAUCUGGUUGGAUCGUUCCCUCAUGAGCGGAUUCCGCGGGAUCGGACGUCGCUCUAUAUCACCAAGCGUAAUAAGGAAUCAAUGGGGUUGUCUGGUCGUGAUGGGUUCAAGCGCCAUUGGAUUCUGGAAAUCCAUCUUCAUGAUAAAGAGCGCGGGUUUGGGGGUUUCUAUGAGCAACUCUUGACAGUUGAUUAG